AGCAGGAGGGAAGGGUGUGUCACAUAUCGGAUUGCGAGGCAGACGAGAAAAUGUCAGGUCCGGCUGUGGGCAUCGAUCUGGGCACCACGUAUUCGUGCGUGGGGGUCUUCCAGCACGGCAAGGUGGAAAUCAUCGCCAACGACCAGGGCAACCGCACCACCCCCAGCUACGUCGCCUUCACGGACACCGAGAGGCUGAUAGGGGACGCGGCCAAGAACCAGGUGGCCAUGAACCCGGCCAACACCAUCUUCGAUGCCAAGCGGCUCAUCGGCCGCCGCUUUGACGACCCCACGGUGCAGUCGGACAUGAAGCACUGGCCCUUCACCGUGGUGAGCGAAGGCGGCAAGCCCAAGGUGCAGGUGGAGUACAAGGGCGAGGUGAAGACCUUCUUCCCCGAGGAGGUCUCCUCCAUGGUCCUGAUCAAGAUGAGGGAGAUCGCCGAGGCCUACCUGGGCAAGAAGGUGCCCAGCGCCGUCAUCACCGUGCCCGCCUACUUUAACGACUCGCAGCGCCAGGCCACCAAGGACGCGGGGGUCAUCGCUGGCAUCAACGUGCUGCGCAUCAUUAACGAGCCCACGGCUGCAGCGAUCGCCUACGGGCUGGACAAGAAGGGCGCCGGCGGAGGCGAGAAGAACGUGCUCAUCUUCGACCUGGGCGGGGGCACCUUUGACGUGUCCGUCCUGACCAUCGACGACGGCAUCUUCGAGGUGAAGUCCACGGCCGGGGACACCCACCUGGGCGGCGAGGACUUCGACAACCGCAUGGUCAACCACUUCGUGGAUGAGUUCAAGCGCAAGCAUAAGAAGGACAUCAGCGGCAACAAGCGGGCUCUGCGGAGGCUGCGCACCGCCUGCGAGCGGGCCAAGCGGACCCUGUCCUCCAGCACCCAGGCUAGCAUCGAGAUCGACUCGCUGUACGAGGGCGCCGACUUCUACACGUCCAUCACCCGGGCCCGCUUCGAGGAGCUCAAUGCCGAUCUGUUCCGGGGCACCCUGGAGCCCGUGGAGAAGGCGCUGCGGGACGCCAAGCUCGACAAGGCUCAGAUCCGCGAGAUCGUGCUGGUCGGCGGCUCCACCCGCAUCCCCAGGAUCCAGAAGCUGCUGCAGGACUUCUUCAACGGCAAGGAGCUCAACAAGAGCAUCAACCCGGACGAGGCGGUAGCCUACGGGGCGGCGGUGCAGGCGGCCAUCCUCACCGGGGACCGCUCGGAGAACGUGCAGGACCUGCUGCUGCUGGACGUGGCCCCGCUCUCCCUGGGCAUCGAGACGGCCGGCGGGGUGAUGACGGCGCUCAUCAAGAGGAACACCACCAUCCCCACCAAGCAGACCCAGGUCUUCACCACCUACUCGGACAACCAGAGCAGCGUGCUGGUGCAGGUCUUCGAGGGCGAGAGGUCCAUGACCCGGGACAACAACCUGCUGGGCAAGUUCGACCUGACGGGGAUCCCACCUGCCCCGCGAGGGGUGCCGCAGAUCGAGGUGACCUUUGACAUCGACGCUAACGGCAUCCUGAACGUGACGGCGGCGGACAAGAGCACCGGCAAGGAGAACAAGAUCACCAUCACCAACGACAAGGGCCGGCUCAGCAAGGAGGACAUCGAGCGCAUGGUGAACGAGGCUGAAAAGUACAAGUCCGAGGACGAGGCUAACAUGGAGCGAGUGGCCGCCAAGAACGCCUUGGAGUCCUACACCUAUCACAUGAAGCAGACCGUGGAGGACGAGAAGCUCAAAGGCAAGCUGAGCGACCAAGACAAGGAGAAGGUUCUGGCCAAAUGCAAGGAGGUCAUUGAUUGGCUGGACAGGAAUCAGGCGGCCGAAAAAGACGAGUUUGAGCACCAGCAGAAGGAGCUGGAGAAGCUUUGCAACCCGAUCAUCACCAAGCUAUACCAAGGAGGAGCCCAAAAACCCGGCCCUGGGGGGGCCGCGGCCGGCGGACCUACCAUCGAGGAAGUGGAUUAACCCUCCGCGACCUCCGCAACGGGCCGCUCGUUAAUAACCAGUCGCCGUCUUCCUGUGCGAGUGCCAGCGCUCCUUGUGAACAGUCCAGCGCUGAAGCGGUUAAACGC